AUGACGACGGAAAGCCGUAGGGCAGUGAAACCUCAUAAGAAAUCUGCCAUCCCAGGGGUGACCAUCAAGCAGUUUGUUGAAGUUAUUCCAAAAGGAUGUAGCAAACCUGACUUUGAGCGAAAACCCAUCACCCUAACAUUACAGGAAGGUAAAAAUGCCGUGUUUAGGGCUGUGGUUAAGGGUGAACCCCCACCCAAGGUGAUAUGGAAGCGAAGCAAAGAAGAAAUGAACAAUCCUGACAAAUACCAAAUGUCCUUCAAUGGCAUUACAAAUGAGUUCAUCCUGCAGAUAAACAAACUCACUGCAGAAGAUACUGAUUUGUACCAUUGCUCUGCUGUGAAUGAGUAUGGGGAAGCUGCAUGCACUGCUGGCCUCAAGGUCAUUCAAGACCUGAAGAAAGAGUUGCAGGACUACAGGAAAAUGUUAAGGAAGCGAACUCCACUACCUGCACAGAAGAAGGAAGUUGACAUGGAACAGGUCUGGCAGUUGCUGCUGAAUGCUGAUAGAAAGGAUUAUGAGAAAAUCUGUUUAAAGCAUGGGAUUGUUGACUUCCGUGGGAUGCUGAGGAAGCUUCAGCAGAUGAAGAAGGACAGAGAGGACAAGCAACAACAGUAUAUCUACAGUGUCACAAACCUCAAACACAUCAAGGUCAAUAAGGAGGGGAAUGCUACAUUCCAUCUAGAGAUGGACCUGAAAAAUCCUGAGAGCAGAAUUUACCUGUACAAGGAUGGCCAACUGAUCAAUUAUGGAUUCAACGAUGACAAAGUAAAGCACUGUCUGAGGCAGGAAGGGAAAAAGUACAACUUCACCAUCAACCACCUGCAGCUGGAAGAUGCCGGCGUGUACCAGAUCAAAGUGGAGGAUGUGGAUGUCUUCUCAACUGAGUUGGAAGCUGACUUCAUUCCUGUGGGAUUCCGACACUUGCUGAGUGAAGUGCACUGCCAUGAGCAAGGAAAUGCCAUCUUUGAAUGCAGCCUAUACAGCCCCUGCUAUGAUGCCGUGUGGCUGUAUAGAAAACAUCCCAUUGAGGAGAAUGACAAGUACAAAAUCUCCAUCUCUCCUGAUGGCCUGACCCACCAGCUGGUUAUUAAAAACACACAGCUCACUGACAAAGGGACUUACACCCUCGAUAUCAGAAUCUGCUCCUCUAGUGCAUGGCUUGAGGUGGAACAAUCACAUUGCCAUUUCGACAAAGGUUUGUCUGAUGUCAGUGCCCAGAAAGGGAAACCCGCUGUGCUGUCUUGCAGCCUCAAUAACGAUCAGGUGGAGGAGACCUCGUUUAAAGAUGAAUUCAAGCAGCUAACAGGCCUGGAUGAAGUCUCUUCUGAAAAAUAUGGCCUGGUCCACAAACUGAUAGACACAGUAGAAGAUAGUCAUGCUGGAAAAGACAAGUUUGAAGCUGAAAGUGUCAAAACUGAAGCAUCUAUUUUGGUUGAAGAUCCUCCAAAUGUUGACAAGGCUCUUCUGGAAAAGCUGAUGAAGGAGCCUGUGAUAGUCAAGGCAGGUCAGAAUGCCAUGGUCAAAAUCCCAUUCAAGGGCCGGAAGCCAGUCAGAGCAACAUGGUUAAAGGAUGGGGAUGAGCUCCUGAAUGAUGCCAGGAUCCAUAUCGACAAGGCGGACAACUUCACCCGGCUUUUGAUCUCCAGCACCGACAGGAAGGACUGUGGGGAUUACAAAGUGAAGCUGAAGAAUGAGAAUGGAACCCUGGAGGCCAGCCUAAAGCUGGAGGUGAUAGACAAGCCACAGAAACCCGUUGGACCCAUAGAGGUGGUGGAUAGUUCCACAACUGGCAUAACCAUUCGAUGGAAGCCCCCAGAGGAUGAUGGGGGCACACCAGUGCAGAACUACAUCAUAGAGAAGCAGCAGGUGGGCAGAAAAACCUGGGUAACAUUGGGAGAAACCAGCAGGAACAACAGCACUUUCACGACCAACAAAGUGAGGCAAGACAAAAGCUAUCGCUUCAGGGUGCGGGCAGUGAACGCUGAGGGAAAGAGCAAGGCACUGGAAUCAGAUGAGGUGAUGGCUGCAACCAAAGCUUUCCCUGGCCCUCCUGCGCCUCCUCAGAUUGUCAGUGUCAACAAAGAGUCCAUAACACUCUCCUGGAAAGCACCUCCCAAAACGGGCAAUUCCAGAAUCCUGGGGUAUAUUGUUGAGAAACGCAAGAAAGGCAGCAACAUCUGGACACCUAUCACUGACCUACCAAUAACCGACAGGAAGUGGAUGGUGACAGAUCUGAAGGAGGGACUGCAGUAUGAAUUCCGCGUGGCGGCUGUCAGUGCCACAGGGGUGGGUGAGACCAGUGCACCAUCAGAUGCUGUCUUUGCUCGAGAUCCCAUGAAGCCUCCUGGUAGAGUGAGGGACCUUAAGGUGACCAAUACUGACUACACCAGCAUCACUCUGGCAUGGAUGAAACCCGAUUCAAAGGAAGGGGGGUCUGCCAAGGGCUACAAGGUGGAGAAGCGAUCCUCUGACAGCCUCAAGUGGACCCAUUGUAACACUGUACCCAUAGGCUUGACAACCUGUACAGUUAAAGGUCUGCAAGCCAGGGAAAUGUACUUCCUUCGCGUGAGGGCCGUCAAUGAAGGAGGCCUAGGGGAAGCCCUAGCACUGGACACUUGCAUCCAAGCUGUGCCUCCCAUUGUUAAUCCCAAGUUCCUAAGAGAUGACACUAUGAAAAACCUUAUGAUUAUAAAAGUGGGAAAUUGUAUCCGAGUGCACAUGCCCUUUGAAGCAUCCCCAACUCCAGAGGCGAUUUGGCUAAAAGAUGGGCUUCCUCUACCCAGCAGGGCCAUAGUGAGCACCAGAGAUGGCCUCAGCCAACUCUUGAUUCCAUCAGCUGAGUUUUCUGACAGUGGGCUCUAUACCAUCAUACUUCAAAACGAGUGGGGAAAAAAAGAAUCCUUCAGCUUCCAAGUCCAAGUCACAGAUAUCCCACAGUCUCCCGGCCCAAUUCUUCUGCAGGAGAAAAUCCUUAAUACGGUGACAGUGAUCUGGGAGCCCUCGCCAACAGAAAAGUGGGAAAGUAACCUGUACUAUGUGGUCAUGAAAUGUGACUCCAACAAGGGCUCAUGGCAAGUGGUGGGUGACCUGAUCUACACCAACAAGUUUACCAUCACCAAACUUAUCCCUGGCCGGGGGUAUUACUUUAGGGUUGUGGCCAAAAAUUACAUGGGAACCAGUGAUCCAUCUGAAACGGUACAGCCCUGGAUCAUGCAAAAGGAAAAAGAUGAGUUUAAAGUCAGACUACCCAAAUACAGAAGGGUGAAUCAAAAUAUGCCCCCAAGAUUCCUUGUCCAAUUGAAACCCCACGUGGUGACCACAGCAUUUGAUUGUCACAUGAGCUGUGCAGUGGGUGGCUACCCAAAACCUAAGAUCACCUGGUACAAGGAUGGCAGGAAUCUCUCAGAAGACCCCACCUUCUUCAGCACAAAUGACUUUGGUGUCUGUUGCCUGGUGAUCCCAGGUGUCACGAAGAGAGAUGAAGGAGAAUACAAGUUGGAAGCCACCAAUGAAUUGGGCCAUGCGGUCAGCAAAGCCAUGCUUAUCAUAAAAGAGGAGGAAAAAAGUGUGGCUUUCGGCUUCAACUUUUUAGUCAGCUUCGAGGAGACCAUCGAAUUGGGCAAAGCGGCCGUUUGGGGACUCCGUUAA